AUGGGCCGUCCGCGCGCGCUGGCCCUCGCUGUGGCCUCCGCCCUGCUGUGCCAGGUCUGGAGCUCCGGCGUGUUCGAGCUGAAGCUGCAGGAGUUCGUGAACAAGAAGGGGCCGCUGGGGAACCGCAACUGCUGCAGUGGCGCGGCGGGAGGCUCGGGGCCGCCGCGCUGCGAGUGCAGGACCUUCUUCCGUGUGUGCCUCAAGCACUACCAGGCUAGCGUGUCCCCCGAGCCUCCCUGCACGUAUGGCAGCGCCGUCACGCCGGUGCUGGGCGUCGACUCCUUCAGCCUGCCCGACGGCGCGGGCGGCGGCCACGCGGCCUUCAGCAACCCCAUUCGCUUUCCGUUCGGCUUCACCUGGCCGGGCACCUUCUCUCUGAUUAUUGAGGCCCUUCACACGGACUCUCCAGGGGACCUCACCACAGAAAACCCAGAGCGUCUCAUCAGCCGCCUGGCGACGCAGCGGCACCUGACGGUGGGCGAGGAGUGGUCGCAAGACCUGCACAGCAGUGGCCGCACGGAUCUCAAGUAUGCCUACCGUUUCGUGUGCGACGAGCACUACUACGGUGAGGGCUGCUCCGUCUUCUGCCGCCCCCGGGAUGACGCCUUUGGCCAUUUCACCUGCGGGGAGAGGGGAGAGAAGAUCUGUGACCCUGGAUGGAAGGGCCAGUACUGCACUGAGCCGAUCUGCCUGCCCGGGUGUCACGAGCAGCACGGGGUCUGCGACAGGCCAGGGGAGUGCAAGUGCAGGGUCGGCUGGCAGGGCCGGUACUGCGACCAGUGCAUCCGGUACCCCGGCUGCCUCCAUGGCACCUGCCAGCAGCCCUGGCAGUGUAACUGCCAGGAGGGCUGGGGCGGCCUCUUCUGCAACCAGGACCUGAACUACUGUACCCACCACAAGCCCUGUGGGAAUGGAGCCACGUGCACCAACACGGGCCAGGGCAGUUACACCUGCUCCUGCCGGCCAGGGUACACAGGCCCCACCUGCGAGAGCGAGGUCAACGAGUGUGCCCCCGGCCCCUGUAAGAACGGAGGAAGCUGCACAGACCUUGAGAACAGCUACUCCUGUACCUGCCCACCUGGCUUCUAUGGCCAACACUGUGAGCUGAGUGCCAUGACAUGCGCUGACGGCCCUUGUUUCAAUGGGGGGCGGUGCUCGGACAACCCCGACGGGGGCUACACCUGCCACUGCCCUGUCGGCUACUCUGGCUUUAACUGCGAGAAGAAGGUGGACUACUGCAGCUCCUCGCCCUGCUCCAACGGGGCGCGGUGUGUGGACCUGGGCACUUCCUACCUGUGCCGGUGCCCAGCCGGCUUCUCGGGCCAUCACUGCGACGGCAACGUAGAUGACUGUGCGUCCCUGCCCUGCGUGAAUGGUGGUACCUGCCAGGACGGCACCAAUGACUACUCCUGCUCCUGCCCCCCGGGGUACACGGGCAAGAACUGCAGUGCCCCGGUCAGCAGGUGUGAGCAGGGGCCGUGCCACAAUGGGGCCACCUGCCACGAGAGGGGCCGCCGCUACGUGUGCGAGUGUGCACGCGGCUACGGCGGCCCCAACUGCCAGUUCCUGCUGCCUGAGCCGGGGCCUGUGGUGGUGGACCUCACCGAGCGCUACCUGGAGGCCCCGAGUGGGCGCUUUCCCUGGAUCGCCGUCUGUGCCGGUGUCGUGCUGGUGCUGCUUCUGCUGCUGGGCUGUGCGGCCGUGGGCGUCUGCCUGCGGCUCAAGGCGCAGAAGCGGCGACUGCCGGCCGACGUGUGCCGGGCCGAGGCGGAGACCAUGAACAACCUGGCCAGUUGCCAGCGUGAGAAGGACGUGUCGGUCAGCAUCAUCGGGACCCCCCAGGUGAAGAACACCAACAAGAAGGCCGACGUGCACUGCGACCACAGUGCUGACAAGGGCAGCUUCAAGGCCCGCUACCCAGCCGUGGACUACAACCUGGUGCAGGACCUCAAGAGCGAGGACCCUGCCCGGGACGCCCACGGCAAGCGCGAGGCCAGGCCCGAGCCCCGCAGCUGCGCCGGCGUGGAGAGAGGCCCCUCGACGCUCAAGGGAGGAGAGGUGUCGGAGUGCAAGAGGCCGGACUCCACGUGUUCCACGUCGAAAGACACUAAGUACCAGUCGGUAUAUGUCAUCUCCGAGGAGAAGGACGAGUGUGUCAUCGCGACCGAGGUCCAUAUGGGGCUCAUGUCGGGGCAUCGGGGCUCGGUGUGGGGCUCGUGUCGGCAUCGGAGGCAUUGGGGCGGCUCUGUGGGGCUCGUGUCAGGGUGUCGGGGCACUGGGCUCAAGGUGGGUCAUCGCUCUCCUUCAGGAGGGACAGACUCCUUCCUGCCGGCCCAGCGGCUGGGGUCCCGUCUGCUAGGGGGUUUGGAUUAUGCAGAAGUCGUGGCCCUGCACCUGUGGAGUUACCCGGGGUGGAAGGAGAUGAUGAAGAAGCUCAAUGUCACCAGUCAGGACAAGAUCACGGGCUGA